AAAUGAGAAGUAAACAUACACUGGACCAGAUUUAAUGGUACAUGAGAACGCUUUACUUUCGCUUUCACUGUAUAUGAAAGCAAAGUUUAGGUGGAUAAACAAUUGAAUGGAAUUGGAUUUGAAAGCACUGGGAAGAGUCCUGCUAAUUUAGGUUAUGGCGUUUCAAAUAUCCAAAGUCACGGCUCGUGUUUCAGUGCCCGUGAUAACUCGGGUUUUGGAAAAGCAGCAGCUUUCGCGUGGUGUGAAGUUCACCGUGUUUCACCCCGCUGCAAAUACCCCGCCGUGCGCGCGCGGUGGUAUAAAUAUAGCCACGCGCUCUGAGGGCAAACGUUUCAGCGUGUCCAGUGGCGUGUUCAGUCGCUCUGUCGCAGUGCUGCUCGGAGCUGCCGGUGUCUCCGCCGCCGCGCUGAGCUCCAGCGCAGUUUGUGCCAUGGCCGCGCGCACACCGAUCAACUUAGACACGGAUAAAAGUGACUGGAAAGAAACGAAAAAGGAGCUUCUGUCCAUGAGCAUGAAGGAGAGAAGAGAGCUGUACAGGACUGACUACAUCUCCCUGGACAAGGUUCCUGUCUGGAAGCACUCAGGUGCUGCAUCUGCUAAGUCUCUUUACAAGGCCAAUGAUGAACUGAAUCAGAAAAUCUCUCUCUUCCGUGGUGACAUCACUAAACUGGAGAUCGAUGCCAUUGCCAAUGCAGCCAACAAGACCCUGCUGGGCGGAGGAGGGGUGGACGGAGCCAUCCAUCGUGGGGCAGGUCCUCUCCUGAGGAAGGAAUGUUCCACUUUGGGAGGGUGUGAAACCGGAGAGGCCAAAAUAACUGGAGCAUACGGCCUUCCAGCCAAAUACGUUAUUCACACCGUGGGGCCAAUAGCUCACGGCUCAGUGGGAGAGACGGAGAGGCGAGCGCUCAGAGACUGUUAUUAUAACUGUCUGCGCACAGCGACUGAGAACCAGCUGCGGACAGUGGCUUUUCCCUGUAUCUCUACUGGAGUGUACGGAUACCCACCUGAGCAGGCAGUGGAAGUGGCUCUGAAGACUGUAAGAGAAUACCUGGAGGACAAUCCAGCGCAGAUGGACCGCGUGAUCUUCUGCGUUUUCCUCAAGUCAGAUGAUGAUCUGUACAAGAGUCGACUUCCUGCCUACUUUCCAGAAGAUGUGCUACCUAAAAGCAAAUUAUGAGUGGAUGUAACUGCGUUGGAUGCCUCGCUCUUCGCCUGCUCCUGCUUCCCCGGCAUCUGCCCUGUCAGCAACACCUACUAAUUAUUUUUUGAUUCCACAGAUUUUUAUUUUGAUGGCAUGCAUCAAGUAAUUUCUUAUUGCCCAGUCCAGUCUUUUUUGAGCUGCAGCAUUGAUGAUCAAAGGACGGCUUCUUAGCGUAGCACUUAAGAGGACUGCAAUCACGCACGCAGCACAUCAAGUAAAUAAAAUGACAAGUGUUUCAUUAUUUCUCUGAAGUAGAUACUGUAGCAAUCAGGAAUCCCAAAAGGUUCUUUCCAUACAUAUCUCAUUUCUGAUAAAUUGUAUUUUACUAUAAUGUUCUGGAUCAGGGGUAAUCAGUCUUAUUCACAAUGCCUUCAGGUUUUCUUUAAAAUCAUGCAGGAGUUACAUCACCUGGUACAACUCAUUAAUUGUUUGAAGCCUGAUACCAAAUUAUUGUAUAAUUGGAAUAUAAUCAGAAUAUAAGCACCUACAGUCUCAUUCUGCAGUCUCUGUCUGAUAAGCUUCAGAGAUCUUUCACAGAUGUAGAAAUUUAAAGUAACUCAUUUCCAAAUACGGAUUAUGCUUUCACAUCGAUUACUGCGCUUUGGCAAUGUACACUGUAUGUUGAAUGAAACAUGAAGUUGUGUUUAUUACAGUUAAUAAAAGUUGUCACUAAG